CUCCUGAGCAAAGAGCUUGGAGUUGUGUGUGGCCAACUGGGUUGUGAAUGGAGAUUGGAGAGAGGUCAUUUUAAUUCUUGACUUGAUUGUAGCGCGGAAUCUGUCGAAACCGUCAAAAGGUAACGUCAUUGGUGGGAACUUUGAUAGACGCGUAUAGACAACCAGAAUUCAAGGAACGCACAGAGGGUGUUCUUUAUAGUUUCGACAAGGUGCCAAUUGUGUGUCCCGUGGUAAAAUGGCCUCAUCGCCCGAUCAAGAAUUGGCCGUGCCAUCAAGUACCCAGCAAAAAACUAAUCGAAGUGAUAGGAUGUGAGUGGCUCUUUUGGGUAACAUCACCCGAAAAGUGAGCGAUAUUGAUCCCCUCCUCGAAGACCACGCCAAUUUUGGAUUGGUUCAGCAAGGUUUCAAGGAACUGACCGAUCGCAUAAACGCUCUGAAAUCGAAUAUAGAGGAGGAACUCUGUCGCCCCGAGUUGGAUCGUGAAGAACGAGUUGGACUCAGUGAUUGGUAUGAGAAGAAGGCAAAUGAGUUUCAGAAGUUUAGAAGAACGGUCUCAGAUUGGAUGGAUCGGGUCAAUUAUGGAAAACCCAAACUCUUGGAUAGUAUCUCGGUAGUCUCUUCUAAACAAUCUCUAGGCUCACAAAGAUCUAAGACGUCGUCCGAAGUGAGAUUGCGUUUGGCUGAGAGACAAGCCGAGCUUAGAGCUUAACUUGAGAUGGAUAAAAGUAUGACUUUCAUUGAAGAGCAACGUACGAAUUUGGAAAAGAUGGAACGAGUGGCCCGAAUUGAGAUUCAAGAGCAGAAAAUCAACGAUAUCAGUCACUCAUUAAGAGAAGAGGAGCAAGACAGGGAUGAGAGAGGAGGGGCCUUUGGAGCCUUUGGAGGGGCGAUCUCUUCACUCGAAUUACCCAAGCUGAGCGGAGCGAUCCCGAGAGCUAUCCCACAAGAGGAAGAGAAACGCGAUCCACCACCUCAAUCUUUGCCUUUUCCUCAGGAAAUAGCUGGCGAUAAAUUAAACCUUCUGGCUGAGAUCGCACUAAGAUCCCACCUACCAAAAUCCGAACCCGAAACAUUUGAUGGCAGUGACAUCACCCGUUUUGCAUCCUUCCUCCAAGCAUUUGACAGACUUAUCGCUUGCAACACUACUUCGAAGUCUGACUUGCUAUAUUAUCUGGAAAGGUAUGCACUGAAUGAGCCACGAGAACUCGUAAGGAGCUGCUUCCACAUGGAUCCCAAUCGUGGCUACGAGGAAGCCCGACGUCUUUUGUGAGAAGAAUAUGGCAACGAAUUUCAAGUUGCUAGUGCCCUCAUUCUGAAAAUUCAGGGUUGGCCGGUCAUUAAACCGUAUGAUCCAUCCAGUUUGAAAAGAUUUUCAAUAUUUCUUCGUACUUGCGAGAAUUAUUUGCUCACCUUCUCCACCCUAAAUCAGCUUAAUAGUCCCUCACAAAUUCAAAAAAUUAUAAGAAAAUUACCCUUCAGGAUGCGAGAACGUUGGAUAAACCAAGCGUAUCACCUUAUUGAGCAGAAUGGCGAAGUCCUUUUCAAGGAUGUAAGUAACUUUGUCUGUUGCCAAGCCAAUAUCGCGUCGUUGCCAGUUUUUGGGGAUAUUUGCGACGUCACCACUAACGACAAGAGGAACCUACCUAACGCCAAGAACACCUUGUCGGUGGCUACUAAUGCCGAACCAGAUACUCGAAACGGCGUCAACCAGAGGCCACCCAAAUUGUGCUUGUUCUGUGGGAAGACCAAUCACAACUUAUCACAGUGUUCCGUCUUUGCCAAACUGUCGAAUCGCGAGAAGAUGGAUCUCUUAUUUCCGAACCGAGUUUGUUUCGGAUGCCUCUCUCAGGGUCACAUUUCAAGAAAUUGUACUCGAAGACUGACUUGCCUGGAGUGUGGGAAAAGUCAUCCCACUGCAUUACACCGGAGUGACAGGGACCACUAUCAAAAUAGGGUUCCAGAGAUAGAUGGGUUCGGAAUGAGCGAUAAAGACCUGAAAGACUCCACGUCGGCCUGUUGCUUGGACUCAACGGUAUUGGAGUGCGAGAAAAGGGUCGGUUCCAACCCCAAGGUGGCUCUAGCAUUAAUUCCCGUCAAAGUUAGGGUCAAAGGUCAAAGCAAGAGUGUGAUUACCUAUGCCGGAUUGGACAAUUUUGCCAUAGAUUGUUUCAUAUCAGAUGAUCUGAUCAAGGAAUUGGGUAUUCGUGGAGUCUCGACCCAAAUUCGGCUCACCACAAUGAAUUGCCAGAUGCAGAAUCAACAAACCGCGACAAUGGCCGUUCAAGGCUUGGAGGUGUUAGAUUUGGAUGAAAACGAAAACAUAUGCUUACCAACCACAUUCUCUCGGAAAACAUUGCCAGUAACAAGAGCCUUGAAGUAUAGGGGAAUUUCUUUGAACAACGCUUUGUACACGGGACCUGACUUCACAAACAGCCUCCUUGGUGUUUUACUUCGAUUUAGGGAAAGAAAGGUGGCUGUGAUGGCCGACAUUGAGAAAAUGUUCUAUCAAGUGAGGAUUCCAAAAGCCCAAACCAAUUUCUUAAGAUUCUUUUGGUUCAAAGAUGGUGAUCUCAACGGAGAUCCUGUAGAAUGCCGGCCUCGCGUUCAUGCUUUUGGAGUGGUGUCGUCACCCAGUUGUGCAAAUUACGCUCUCCGACAAAGUGCAUUGGACAAUCAACAUCAAGCGAGCUCAAAAAACAUCAAGGCAAUUGAAAGUGGGUUUUACGUCGACAAUUUUGUGGUUUCUGUGGAAGAUUCUGGGAAAGCCCAGGCUAUUCUUUCGGAGGUGAAAAUGAUCUGUGUUUUGGGUGGAUUCAACCUAACCCAAUAUACCUUAAAUGACAGAGACGUCUUGAGCUCCAUAGAUCGUUGCGAUUUAUCCAAGAUGGUACGAGACUUGGAUUUCAGUGAGGACGACCUGCCAACGGAACGAGCCUUGGGAGUCACAUGGUGUGCCGAGACAGACUCAUUCGGUUUUGAAGUCGCGCAGCCGUGCCAACCCAACACCAGGAGGGGCAUUUUGUCUUCAAUCUACGCGAUUUUCGACCCUUUUGGAUUGAUUGGACCUGCAAUAUUACCGGCUAAACAACUACUACAAGAAAUGUGUAAAAGAGGUUGUGAUUGGGAUGAAGAUGUUCCAAUAGAUCUCGGUGAUGUCUGGAAUCAAUGGAAGAGCGAACUAGACCUUUCAUCUAAAUAUCACAUCCCAAGAUGGAUAGGCAUGUCCGGGGAGGGCAUGAUUGUUCAACUUCAUACCUUCUGCGACGGCAGUGAAGUCGGAUAUGGUGACUUACAUGCGCGUUGAGGUUGGAGGAAAGACUCUCACGACUUAAUUGUUGGCGAAGUCUAGGCUUGCCCCAUUGAAGAAGAUGACGAUCCCAAGGUUGGAAUUAGCUGGAGCGAAAUUGGGCGUCGAGUUGGCCUCGGUUCUUCAAAGAGAGAGGUCAAUUCCUGUCUCAGCUGAAUAUUUUUGGACAGAUAGUCAAACCGUGCUCAAAUAUUAUGCCAAGCGAAAGCGGUUCCAGCGGUUUGUUUUCAAUCGGGUUUCCUUCAUCAG